AUGGGAUUUAACAAUUGUAAGUUAGACAGAAAAAGAUUCUCAUUGCGUGGGGUGAUAAGUAACCGAAAAUUUGUUGCAGUCAUUGGUGAUGGUAGUACUUGCAGUGUGGAGUUGUUCAAUAAAAAUGGUAAGCUGUACAGUGUCAAAAGGCUGAAAAAAUUCGAAUCGGAAAAGCACCAUGCAGAUGAACUCAAGGUCAUGCUAAACCGUGAGUAUGGGAUCCUGAGUAGUCUUGAUAAUGACAACGUACUUCGCGUUCUGGGGUUCAGCCUGUCUGACUAUACGCUAGAAUUGGAGUAUUUGCCAUUUGUUGCGUAUGAUGUGAUGAGACUGGAGAUGAAGCCUAGUGAAGACGAGCGUAAGUGCUUCGUUAGCCAAUUGAUCCAGGGUGUUUCUUACUUGCACGAAAAACGAGUUGUCCAUAGAGACCUGAAGCUAGAGAAUGUUAUGCUGGCCGCUGACUGCCACUUGGUCAAGAUCAUAGACUUCGGGCACGCGGUUCAGCUGAAAGACAAGCAAAGCGUGUGCUAUGGACUUGGUGGUAGCGAGAUGCUUAUGGCACCUGAAGUUCUGUCUAAAAUAUCGUAUGAGGGAUUUCCCGCAGAUUCGUGGUCUUUAGGGAUCAUAAUGUACCUAUUAUUCAACAAUAAGAAGAUUUUAAAAUUUCCGUGGAAGAGUGCGCGGGAAUCAGACACGCAGUAUACAGCUUACUUAGAAUCUGGACUUCUUGAUAACUAUGAACACGAUGAGAUAUGUCGUCGACUAUUAAACCCAGAUCCUGAGCAGCGAGCGAGCGUUGUGGACGUCAGUAAGGACCCUAUCUUUCAAUACAAGUGCGAUAGGACGAUUCACGACCGGACUAGAAGGCUUUGCCACAGGUUCUGGGGUGAGCAUUUGUAA